AUGGCCAUCAGCAUCAAGAUUCUCCAGACAGGGUCGAUACGAAUCCGCCCCUCCCACCGUCAUCAGCCUGCCAAUAAAGCUGUGCUUGUGCGUCGCCUGUCAGUCUUGCUGGACACGUCCUGGACAGCUCCGUUGCCUGUCAACACGUACUUGAUCGAUCAUCCUGAGAGGCCCAUUCUGUUCGACUCCGGCGAGUCGCCACACAGCAUGGAGCCCGGUUAUUUCCCGCUCUGGAUGCCCUUUUUCCAUCUUGCUGUCGAUAUCGAUGUGGGAAAAGACGAGGGCAUUGGCUCUCGGCUUGAGCAAGAAAACCUUGCUCCGGGUGACCUCAAGGCAAUUGUUCUAUCCCAUCUUCAUCAUGAUCAUGGUGAUGGGCUGCCCGACCUCGUCGGAGCACCGACGCCAUUCCAUGCUACAAUGGAAGGAGCCGUUCCGAACCAAUGGCCAGCAACUUUUAAACCUUCAAUUCUUCAACCAACCGGUGGCCCCAUUGGUCCAUGGAACCAGAGCUAUCCCAUCACUGGAGACGGGAAGGUCGUGGCUGUCGACACACCCGGCCAUGUACCAGGACAUCUUUCGGUUAUCGUUCGAGCUGACGAUGUCAAUUAUCUCCUGCUUGGGGAUGCUACCUAUGAUCAAGACCUACUCGACCAGGAGCUUACGGAUGGUGUCAACAACAACCCGGCGCUGGCAGUCGAUUCUCUCAGGAAAAAUCAAAGAGUUCGCAAGGAGCGAGGACGUUGUGCUGCUCCCUGCUCACGACCCGCAAGCAGCUCACCGCCUCCCGGAGAAGGUCAUUUACAGACCUAGUAUGGUCGAGAGCCCACUGAAUCAAGGUUCUCUGUACACAACACCCGGGCUGUUGCUGGUGCUUUUCGGGACUAUUGUGUUUUUAUGGCUGAGAUUGAGACGAGGGCAUUAGUGACAAGUUGCCUACGAAACCCAGCAUCCCCCAAUUCAAACCCCUGCCUACUUUGAACUUUUCAGGCUUCCUCUUCCACCUGGUAUUUAGUGACUUUAGUCGGAC